UUUCAGAAUGAAGUUUGCCAUUGGCUUCCUGCAGUUCAUGCACAGUAGGAGAAACAUCACCCAACUUUUGGAGAGGAUCGGGAGCUACUUCGGUGACAACAGGGCUCAGUUGAUCACUGUGCUGGAGGUUCGCCAGGGCUCUUUCAUCAUAUCCUGGACCAACAACUCAUUGACAGGAGCAACAUGUCCUUCAGAUACAAUCAGACAACUGUAUGCUCACAUGGUGCGCAGGGACGGAGCUGUUAGGCAGACCUUCAGUCGCCACAUUGGACGACAUCUUCACCUGAAAGAGGUGCAGCUGCAGCCCUGGGGGGCUUGUGUGGCACCUGCCAGCACCACUGUGGCCAGUACCAGCACCAGCACCAAGUCAACAAGCACACAUCUAGUGUCAGAAAUAAAAGCAGGUCAUGGAUUCAGUGUCUGGGCUCACGUCAUCUUGCCUGUCUUGAUCGCAGUCUUAGUUUUCAUUCUCAUAAUACUGGUCAUCAUUUUCUGCAAUCGCAGACGCAGACAACAACAAGCAAAUUUCAACGCUGAAAAGGAAGUCAUCUCCAACGAUGCUAAUCCGGUUAUCCUCCCCAGUGAAUGUGCACCUGAGGAUCUGUCAUCUAAACCAAGAGAUUCGCAACUUUUACCUACAGCUGAUUUACAACCUAAUCAAAACAUGACUGCCGGAUCUUCCCAGGUCAAAAAUAAUCUAAAUCGUGACCAGGAAAGAGCCAGAAAGAGUCGAGAUAAUCGAGAGGCAGAGUGGCUGAAUAAAGAUACUCCAAUUAGUGACUCUGAGUGUGAGAGAGACUUGAGCAGAAACUUCCAUCGCAAACAUGCCAAGGACAGUAUUUCUGGGCGGAGACCUAGGGAUCCUGACAGAACAAGCAGAGUAAGUGCCUCGUCCACCCUGUCCUGGGAUCGGCCCAACAAUCAUUAUCUUGAAGAAGAGGCAGGCUCCAGAAGUAGCACACUGAAGUCAACCAAGUCGGCAGCUUCUGACAAGAGACACCGCAGAAGUCCACCUCCAUACUGGCAACACCAGACAGACCCACCUCCCUACAGAAUGCCCCCGCCAUAUUUAAGCAAUAACUCAACACUAAUGUGA